GUCACACUGCUCGGAUUGUGACGUUCGCGUGGCUGUGUGCUGCUUUUCAAGGCGAAAGAAGCGAAAAAGCAGAGAAGGCAGAACAAGAAGCGAACAUUAGAGAACUGAAAAGAGCCUUCCACUUUCCACACACUGGCAGACAGCAACUACACACUGCCCGGAAAAACUGUCGUAUUGUGCGCAACAUCAACGUACGGGUCGGACGGAACAAAAUUGAACGGGGUUCGAAAGUGAGGAGCAGGGGAAAAACGAACAAAAAAAAAACGCCGAGCAGCAGCAACGGUGCAAAAUGAGCGGAGAUGUGGCUGCCGAAAAUAACAUCCACGCACAAAAUGGUGGCAGCUGCGAGAUGGUGCAGUCCAACGGGGUGACCACCAAUGGACACCACCACCAGUCCCAGAACCACCACCACCACCACAGCAGCAGCGGCGGCGGCGGCAGUAGCAGUGGGAGCAGCAAGCAUAAAUCCUCCAGCAAGGACAAGCAUCGUGAUAAGGACAGGGAGCACAAGAGCUCCAGCUCGUCCAGCUCGUCCAAGGAUCACAAGAGCAGCAGUCGCGACAAGGAUCGCCACAAGAGCAGCAGCAGCAGCAGCUCCUCGUCAAAACAUCGCGACAAGGACAAGGAUAAGGAGCGCGACAGCAGCAGUAGCAACUCACACCGCAGCAGCUCCUCAUCGAGUCAUCGGGAAAAGGAUGGAAGCAGCAAACACAAGUCCUCCUCGUCAUCGUCGUCCUCUUCCGGCCACCAUAAGAGCUCCUCCAAGGAUAAGGAGCGACGUGACAAGGACAGGGAUCGCAGUAGCAGCAGCAGUCGUCACAAGUCCUCAUCGUCCUCGUCUAGCUCCCGUGAUAAGGAGCGCAGCAGCAGUAGCAGUCACAAGAGCUCCUCCUCGUCAUCGUCAUCAUCGAAGAGCAAACAUUCCAGUUCGCGUCACAGCAGCUCUUCCUCCUCGAAGGAAACGCCAUCCUACGAUGGAGUGUUUGUCAAGCCCGAGCCCGUCUCUCAGCCGGCACUAAACGCAGACGCCAUUGAUCCCUUCCACAUGCAGCAGCAGCCCCUCGGUGGCUACGAUACCUCCACCCAUGCCAAUGUCAACUGCAAUGGCAAUGGGAACGGGGAUUCCAUUGAUGGCAAUAACUACAAGAAUGGUUAUGAGGAAUCGAUUGUGGAAAUCAAGAAGGAGGAUACGAGCUUGAACAACCUGUCGCAGGCCAGCUCCUGUGACUACUCCAUGUCCCAGUUUCGGGCCGAUGAGCCGCCGUUUGAGGUUAAGCAUGAGUCCACUUAUGUUGAGGACGAUAGCACCAUGAACGACAACGAUCAGGAUCAGGAUGAGGACGCGGAUAUGGACGACGACGAGGAGGAUGUGCCGCUGGCCAUGCGUAAGCGCAAGCAGGAGGUACUCGAGCCGUCAAAUGGCGGCGGCGGCGGCCACGAUGACGACGACGACAUUCCGCUGCUGGCGCGCAAAAAGAUCAAGAAGGAGGCCAAGGAGAAGAACAAGAAGAAGCGGGUCAAAGAGGAGGCCGACGACGACUAUGGCAGCGUCAAGCCCAAAAGAAAAAGAUCAAGAAGUCAGAUCAAGACGGAGAAUGUUUCGCCCACCAAACGCCAGAAGAUCAAGGAAGAGGAGGAGGAGGUGUGGAGAUGGUGGGAGGAGGAGAAGCGUGAGGAUGGCGUCAAAUGGUCCACGCUGGAACACAAGGGACCCGUUUUCGCCCCACCGUACGAGCGUGUGCCGCGCAAUGUGCGUUUCUUCUAUGACGGAAAGCCCCUGGAACUGUCGGAGGAAACGGAGGAGGCGGCCACUUUCUAUGCUAAGAUGUUGAAUCAUGACUACUGCACCAAGGAUGUGUUCAACAACAACUUCUUCAAGGACUUCCGCAAGUCGAUGACGUCCAAGGAGAAGGAGAUCAUCAAGGAUUUCCGUAAAUGCAACUUCCAGGAGAUGUUUGACUUCUUCCAGGCGGAAUCCGAGAAACGCAAGGCAGCCACCAAAGAGGAGAAGCUGGUGAAGAAAAACGAGAACGAGGCCCUGAUCAAGGAGUACGGCUUCUGUAUGAUCGAUGGCCACAAGGAAAAGAUUGGUAACUUCCGCCUGGAGCCGCCAGGCCUCUUCCGUGGUCGUGGUGAACAUCCCAAAAUGGGCAUGAUCAAGCGACGCAUCCAGGCCAGCGAUGUGUCCAUCAAUUGUGGCAAAGACUCAAAGGUGCCGCCACCGCCGCCAGGAUCGCGAUGGAAGGAGGUGCGCCACGACAACACGGUCACCUGGCUGGCCUCCUGGAUCGAGAAUGUGCAGGGCCAGGUGAAGUACAUCAUGCUGAAUCCCUCGUCCAAGCUGAAGGGUGAGAAGGAUCACAUCAAGUACGAGACGGCGCGACGCCUGGACAAGGUAAUCGAUAAGAUCCGUGCCACCUAUCGCGACGAAUGGAAGUCCAAGGAGAUGCGUGUCCGUCAGAGGGCAGUGGCCCUGUAUUUCAUCGACAAACUUGCCCUCAGGGCGGGCAACGAAAAGGAUGAGGAUCAGGCCGACACUGUCGGCUGUUGUUCGCUGCGCGUGGAGCACGUGCAGCUGCACAAGGAGCUGAACGGCAAGGAGAACGUGGUGGUCUUCGACUUUCCCGGUAAGGAUUCCAUACGUUACUACAACGAGGUCGAGGUGGAGAAGCGCGUCUUCAAGAACCUCGAGCUGUUCAUGGAGCACAAGAAGGAGGGCGACGAUCUCUUCGAUCGCCUCAAUACCCAGGUGCUCAACGAGCAUCUCAAGGAGCUGAUGGAAGGACUCACGGCCAAGGUAUUCCGUACGUACAACGCAUCGAAGACGCUGCAAAGUCAACUGGAUUUGCUCACCGAUCCGAGUGCGACGGUGCCGGAGAAGCUGUUGGCCUACAACCGGGCCAAUCGUGCCGUGGCCAUCCUUUGUAACCAUCAGCGUUCCGUGCCCAAGGGCCAUCAGAAGUCCAUGGAGAACCUGAAGGAGAAGAUAAAGGCCAAGCGCGAUGCCAUCGAUGAUUGCGAGGCCGAAUAUCAUGACUUGAAGAAGGCAGCCAAGCGCGGCUCCAUGAAGGAGAAGAUUAAUGCGGACAAGAAGGGCAAACAGCUGGAGCGCCUGAAGGAUCAGCUUAAGAAACUGGAAUUACAAGAGACUGAUAGAGACGAGAAUAAGACCAUUGCCCUGGGCACAUCUAAGCUAAAUUAUCUCGAUCCACGCAUAUCGGUGGCAUGGUGUAAAAAGAAUGGCGUGCCCAUCGAGAAGAUCUUUAACAAAACACAAAGAACCAAAUUCCUCUGGGCCGUUCACAUGGCCGAUGAGAAUUAUCGUUUCUAAAGGCACUCAGCCACACAUCGAAGCACAGACAGCGCAACAGAAGCAAGCAGCAGGAGCAACGGCAGAAAAACAGGAGCUGAAACCACAUUUCUUCUUUCCCCAAACAGUUUAUGCAAUUGGUAAUGCAUAUAUUCAGCUGUUUGGGUUAAGGGGAGACUGCAAAAACCCUUUGAUUUAGAGUGAAGUCAGCAAGAGAGAAUCUGAUUCAGAGAGGGAUAGCGAUAAAGAGAGAGCUGCUUGCAAUGUAUUUUUUUCGUUAAAGUCUAACUAAACGAAAUGUGCACCACCCAUUACCCACACACACACACACACCUGGAUAUGUGCUAUAUAUGUGCAUGAUCAGAUUGAUAUGUAUGCAUAUAUAUACGCAUAUACUGUAUGUUAAAUAAAAAGCCAAGCCAAGAGAAGAAGAGGGAGAAAAAACAUAUUCAAGAAAGCAUAAUUCUAUGAAAGUUACCUUUAUUUUUUUUUAUAUAAAUAUCUAUUAUGUUAAUUAUAAAUGAUAA